AUGUUGUGACAUGCUGCAAUCUGAUUGUGAACGGAGAGCACUUGUUUUCUAAAAGAAGAUUGAUUCUACCAUAAGACCCGAAUUCUUGUUUCAACGAUCUGGUUUAAGUUACAAAGCAACUAGUUGAGGUUUUGGCAACAUGAUUUGGAUUGGUGUACAUUAAAAUACUGAAAAUCGUUUUAGCAAAAGGAAUUCUACUUUCAACACCGAGAGCCGACCUGUAUCAGUUCUGACGAAUUACCUAAGUAUUAGUGGUGUAUUACAUGUUGGACGCUGGGUGUACACACGGGAACAUACACAAUAUUCCAUCUGCUCUAGACAAGUUUGAGGAAUCCUCUUACAGUAGAUAUAUGGGUUUGCCAGAGAUACAAAUAACGGUUUGUUGUUGGAUGUUGAGACAUGGAUGCAAUACGGUGAUGUUACAUUAGAGCUGCCUGUAGCAUUGUCUAACUGGAUGAGUUUUCCCCCCGCAAGUCCUGGCGUACCUCGAAUCCCCCAUUCUGUACAUGACAAAAAUACCAUUGCGUUAACAUAACACGCCGGCGGGAGGUCGUUAGGGGAGCUAAUUUUUUUACCGACAAUUGCAGCAUAACUACUUAUGAUAUUUGUGCUAACUACAGCGCCCCAUGUGGAGCCUCUCUGGGUUAUUGAGACUCGGGAGUAGAAUAUCUGUUGUAAAAGAGAGUUUCUCCAUUUCUGUUUGGAAGGCUCGGGGUAGCGCACGGGAUUAUAUAUAUAUUUUUUAACUUUGUAUGGGACAAAGCUGAAAUCCGACUUUUAACAAUGUGAUUACACCUCCGAUGGCAGAGUCAGGUUGUUGUCACACAGUCUACAUUCAUAUUGAUUCGAAGAUAUGAUAGAACUUAAGAAAGUGUUGCAUGAUAUACAUGUGCAUUUGUUUCGAUCGUGAUCAGGCGCGUUCGAUACUGAUUAGUCACAAAACAGCGGCAGUGAGCUGUAACCAAUGUCGACAAAAAGCUUAACAACGCUGUUAGUUUUAUUGGACCUCUAAACCAGAGAAGAUUAUCGAUAUCGAAGAAAAGGCGUGUUCGAUAAGUCAACCUAUCGAGGGGAGUGGAAAUAUAGCCCUGACGUCACUUGGAUCAUUCCACACAUCUCAGUACUUGUGAAACAUUUUAUUUUAUGAUUGUAAUACAACAACAAAGCGUAAAUACAAUGACUGGCGAACGCCGAGUAUCACAUAGGAUCGCUGAUAGUGGAUAUGAUCAAUGAAAACCACUGAUUCUAUUACAGCGCUAAUACCAGGUUUAUUCAUUUUAUACGAGAUUCGAAUUCGUAAUUACACUAACGUGUCUGGUCGGUGUAUGUCAACACAGACCGAUGCUUUAAAAAAGGAAAAGUGUGUUUGUCUUGAGAUGGUGAUCAAACUGUGCCGAGUUAUAGAAAUUGUUGGAUUUACGAGUUAGCAGUAUAACAGAGUUGAGGAUAGUUACAGCGACUGAAGAAACGUGUUAUAACGUCGGACUUAUAACAUGUGUACACGUUGUAGUGGACCUGGAAGGUUUAACUUUCCGUAAGAGCCUUUCCGAGUUAAGACCAACACCGCUAACUGUGACUUUGGAAUUCAACACCAGGGAUAAAACACCAGUUAGCCUUGAUUCCGUUUUUGCGUGUGCGCAUCAGAGGGCUACAAAAGAUAUCAACGAUAUUGGACGGACUGGGAGUGUUACAAAGAACGCGAGAAGUUCCAACGUUUAAUAUAAAAGAAUCAUGUUUACAAAUGACACUUUGAUGUAACAAUCAUCAAAUCUGUGUCAAUAGUAGAAUAGACGAGUUACCAUUGUGUACUUGAUGUUGUUCACGGAAUGCUAAAUACAACGGCGGAAGUGAACUGCACUGCCCUGUUGGAGGGCAAACCGGGUCCCCCGCCAUUUUAUUCGAUUGAGGUUCGGGCGGUACUCGGUCUCGUCCUGACGUUAUUUCCGGUGUUGACAUUUUUCGGAAACGCGCUUGUGAUAGUAGCUGUUUUCACGCAUAAGCGCCUGCGCACCAUCACCAAUGUGUUCGUUGUGUCGCUAGCGCUGGCCGACUGCAUGGUGGCGCUAUCGGUCAUGCCGUUCGGAGUCUAUCAGCAGCUAAGCAAUAAGUCAUGGGCGCUUGGCCACACACUGUGUCUUGUAUCGACGAGUUUAGACGUUAUGUUUACGACGACUUCCAUCAUACAUCUGUCCUGUCUCGCCAUCGACAGAUACCUCGCCAUCUGUCGUCCCUUCCUACAUGAACGACUCAACAAUUCCGUGAUCGCUGGCAUGAUCGUGUGUUGUUGGUUCACGCCAAUAUUGAUAUCAUUUGUUCCUAUAAUGAACGAGUGGAACCUGUUCGGAAUCGAGGAUUUGUACGGGUGUUUUUUUCCGGAUGACACAACCUGUGGUUUCCUUGUCAACACAACGUUUGCUGUCGUGUGUUCCACUAUAGCUUUUUACCUCCCUACAGUAUUUAUGAUUGUGUGCAACGUACGAAUAUUUUUAGCAGCAGAAAAACAAGCAAAACAUAUCCGUAGUUUAGAACUGCACUUGCACAAGCACCAGACUGGAAAAUUCAAACGGGAGACCAAAGCUGCAAAGACGAUCUCGAUCAUUAUGGGAUGUUUCUGUGUGUGCUGGUUUCCUUUUUUCAUUCUUAACAUCAUAGACCCAAUACUUGGCUACACAACUCCAUACAUCCCUUGGACAGUGGCCCUGUGGCUAGGGUAUCUCAACUCCAUGCUCAAUCCCUUCCUCUAUUACAACUUUAACAGGGGUUUCAGAAUGGCGUUCAGACGAUUGCUCACCUUCAAGGUGUGUCGAGGGGUGAGUGAGUUUGAGGACGAAUACGUCAGCGUGGCUAACUUAUCAACGGAAGUGACGCACAAUGGCCAUAGUCCAGCAAAUACUGAGGUUUCGAACCCAAUGUCCACAGAACUAUCAGAUCUUAGCACUUAAUAAUGGAGUAGUGUAGUAAUAAUAUGUAUGUGCUUUCAUUAUUUUUACUUACAAAUUAACAAACUUGAUUAACAUUGUUAUGUGAGGUUCGCUAUUUUUAACGGUGCCAUUCUUGCUUAUUUUUUUUUUAAAGAUGUACACAUUUUAAUAAACUCGCAAAUAGGCAGGGUGUCUUCAAACCCGGUGCAUUUUGCGUAUUUUACUGAUGAAAUGUAUCAUUACUUAAUUCUCGAGGAUAAUGAAAAACUUAAGGAUAUGCCAUGUACUGGCAUGCAAUACCAGAAUCGAAUUGGCGAUAUGCUCACAUGCUUUUUAUUGGGAAUGUUUAAGGUUCCCGUACCACUGCCAGAAAAUGCAACUUCAAAUUGAAGACUUUUUAAAUGCAUGACUUUAACUAUAAUUAUUUAUGAAAAGAAACCGAUUCAGAGUAGAACUUUUAUGGAGAAAAAAUGAAUGGCAUUUAAAAAAGGCAGUAACAACAGUACUCCUAAAGUAAACGGAGCCACAAGAGGGCCUGUAUUCAUGAAACUGAUCUCAAGCUCAAACCCAAAUUCUGGGAUCAAGCCCAAUUUCUUCUCCUGGUCAUAAAUUUAUAAAAUUUAACUUUUGUCAAUUAAUUUGUAUAAUUGUACAAAGACUAACAGUCGAAUAACGCUUAAAAUGUUUACGCUUGAUAUUUCGAUCGUGUCACAUGAUUAAAGCGGGUAACAAAACAA